GGGCAUCAAUGCACACUUUAACAUGCACUGCAGAAAUUAUUGUUUCUGUUAAAUUCGACUGUGUUUCUGAGCCUGCAAAUGACGAAUACUGUGCGAGGAACCGCUGGAAGAAAAACGCCCGACGAGACUGAAAAGCCAGAGACAAAGAGAGUUCGGGAGAAGAUCAGGACCACGGUCGGGUCGCGGCUGGCAGAGAAGUUGGGAUGGAAAUUCUACGAUGCAGACGAUUAUCAUCCUCUAGAGAAUAAGAAGAAAAUGAAAGAAGGGAUACCACUAAAUGAUGAGGACAGGAUUCCUUGGCUUUGUGCACUGCAUGAUAUACUAAGGAGAGAAGACACAUCUAGACAAGAUACAAUCCUGGCCUGUUCUGCACUGAAGAAGAUGUACAGGCGUGUGUUAAUUGGUGGAGCAUCUGCAAUUGAAAGCAACCAGCCAGAGCAAUCAGGAGAAAACCGAGCACUGAAGAUCCUCUUUGUUCAUUUGGAUGGACCUAAGGACAUUAUUGCUGGCCGCCUGGAGAAACGAAGAGGUCAUUUUAUGCCACCUGAACUUCUCCAGUCUCAGUUUGAUACUCUAGAGCCACCCAGUGCACCAGAAAACUUCAUUACAGUCAGUCUAGAAAAAUCUCUCCCAGAAAUACUGCUACAGAUUGAGAGUGCCAUUCUUCAGGGUGAGGCUUUGCCAGAGUAAUUUUCUGAAUGACACAUACCACAUACAGAAAUUCCCUGAAGGACAGCAAGGCAAAGAGACAGAAUUUUAAUUAUUAAAUUGAUUAUUAAAUCAAACCAACUUAUUCUUAAGAGCCGGUUUACUACUUAUAUUUUUUAUCAUGGCUCUGUAAAAGACAUUUAAAAUGUCUUUUACAUCUUUUGCAUAUAUAAGAUACAAGAACUGUUAACUUUUUAAGACCUUCACUCUAUGAAGUUAAAAUUCUCCUUUUACUAAGAGCCUGCUUUUGAAAAUCUUGGCAAAUAAACACAGAAUAGUUUAUUUUCCUAAUUUUAAUAUUUACUCUGUCAGACACUGAGAUGGGCAUAUCUGCUAUUACAAGAUUAAAUAAUUUAGAGCUUUGUUAAAAAUAAUGUUAUUUCCUAGAGGAGGCAGGAACAUGCAUGAUGAAUGUCAUACAUGUUACUACCCCUGUCUCACUGCUGGAUUUGCAUUGAGUUGUAGGUUGUGUUUGUACUCUUGCUGACCUCACCAGAGCACUGAUCACUUCAUGAGAAUUUUUCUGAUCUCUUACUGUAUGUAUUGGACACCAAGCUGAAAAAUGUGAGAAAAAAAAAGGUUGUGGUGGCGAUGCAGUAUACAAAAAUUUAAUUGAAUGGAAAGCUUUAGAAAUAAAGUAUAAGUGGCAUCAUA